AUGUCAAAAAUUAGAAGGAAGGUCACAGUGGAAAAUACCAAGACCAUAUCCGAUAGCACAUCCCGAAGACCCAGUGUGUUUGAAAGGCUUGGACCCAGCACUGGAAGUACUGCAGAGACACAGUGCCGUAACUGGCUGAAGACUGGCAACUGCCUCUAUGGGAACACAUGUAGAUUCGUACAUGGCCCUUCACCACGAGGUAAAGGCUAUAGCAGCAGUUAUAGAAGGUCACCAGAAAGGCCCACUGGGGAUCUUCGGGAGAGAAUGAAGAACAAGCGUCAGGACGUGGAGGCUGAGCCACAGAAACGAAAUACAGAGGAAUCGUCCUCUCCUGUUAGGAAAGAGUCUUCAAGAGGAAGGCAUAGAGAGAAGGAAGACAUCAAAAUUACAAAGGAGAGGACUCCAGAAAGUGAAGAGGAAAAUGGAGACUGGGAAACCAAUAGAGAAGACUCUGAUAAUGGAGAAGUUAAUUAUGAUUAUGACCAUGAGCUGUCUUUGGAAAUGAAACGUCAGAAGAUUCAGAGAGAACUCAUGAAGCUGGAACAGGAAAACAUGGAGAAGCGAGAGGAAAUAGUCAUUAAAAAGGAGAUUUCUCCAGAGGUGGUUAGAUCUAAAUUAUCACCGUCUCCUUCACCAAGAAAGUCUAAAUCUCCAAAACGAAGGUCAAGUCCCAAAUCUUCAUCUUCAGUUAGUAAGAAAGAGAAGAAGACUUCUACAGUGUCUUCACCGCUCUUGGACCAGCAGAGGAGUUCCAAAAGCACCCAGAGUAAAAAGAAGGGUCCUCGUACGCCUAGUCCACCUCCUCCAGUACAAGAGGAGACUCUCCUGGGGAAAAAGCAUAAAGAAAAACAUAAAGCAAAAGAGCGUUUAGAAGAAAAAACUAGAGAGGGGAAAGACAGAGGACGUGACUUUGAAAGACAUAAGGAAAAAAAAGAGAAACAGAGAGAUCCUUCAGAAGGCUCCCAUAGACCGAAGCGUUCUCCUAGUCCUGCUGAUCAUUCUGGCAGUAAUUCCUCUCCUUCCAGAGAAUAUUCACCUCCUACCUCAAGGAGAAGACAAACCUCCCGAGCUCCAGCCAAGUCAACUACACACAAGCAUACUUUCUCACCCUCUCGCAGGUCUACUUCCCCACCAGGGCAGCAUCACUCUCCCAUAUCAUCAAGACAUCACUCCUCUUCAUCACAAUCAGGCUCCUCUGUUCAAAGACAUUCCCCUUCCCCCCGCCGCAAAAGAACUCCUUCUCCAACCUAUCAAAGGACAGCUUCCCCAACUGUGAGGCGUUCCUCCUCUCCCUAUCCCCCGCGCUCUUCAUCCUCUCCUCAGAGGAAGCGAAGUCCUUCAAGACAUCAGUCCCCAGGGAGAGAGAAGGGGAGGCAUGAUCGUGACCGGACUUCACAAUCACAUGACAGACGCCACGAAAGGAGGGAUGAAACUAGAGGAAAAAGGGAAAAAGAGAGGGAAACCAGAGAGGAACGAGAUUAUGACCAAGAGCAGAGUGCCUCCAGGGAUCAUAGAGAUGACCGAGAAUCUCGGGAUGGAAGAGAUCGGAGGGAGACCAGGGAUAACAGAGACCGCAGGGAGCCAAGGGAAUCCAGGGACACUCGAGACUCCAGGGAUACAAGGGAUUACAGCAGAGAUAAUAAAGAUAGCCGUGAUCAGAGAGACUCACGUUCUAUACGAGAUACCCAUGACUACAGAGACAGAGAGAAUCGAGAUACCCAUAAAAAGGAAGACCAGUAUCAGGAGGAACCACGCAGUUAUGGAAGAACCCAUGGCAGAGAAGAGAAUUCCCGUGCUGACACACGGAAUGAAUCCAGAAAUGAAUCGAGAAAUGAAAGUAGAAGUGACCGAACUGGCAGAAGUCGAGGCAGAGGUCCAGAAUUAUCUGACAAAGGAAGUCGGGCAACCAGAGGGUCUCAAGUUGACAGUCAUAGCAGUAGUGGCAACUACCAUGACGGCUGGGAAUCACGGAGUAGCUACCCUGACCGAGACCGCUAUGACAAUCGAGAGCAAGCAAGGGAUUCAUCCUUUGAAAGAAGACAUGGAGAAAGGGAAAGACGUGACAACAGAGAGAGAGAUCAAAGACCAAGCUCACCAGUACGGCACCAAGGAAGGAGCGAUGACCUUGAGCGUGAUGAAAGGAGAGAAGAACGAAGGGUAGACCGGGUUGAUGAUAGGAGAGAUGAAAGGGCCAGGGAGAGGGAACGAGAGAGGGAGAGGGAACGAGAGAGGGAAAGAGAGAGAGACCGGGAGAGGGAGAGAGAAAAGGAAAGAGAACUAGAACGCGAUCGUGCCCGAGAACGGGAGAGAGAAAGAGAGCGAGAGAAAGACAGAGAACGCGAACGGGACAGAGACCACCGAGACCAUGACAGAGAAAGGGAGAGAGAGAGAGAAAGGGAGAGAGAGAAAGAACGAGAGCGAGAGAGGGAGGAACGGGAAAGGGAGAGAGAGCGAGAACGAGAGAGAGAGCGGGGUCGCGACAGGGAUAAGGAACGAGAACGUCCGAGAGACUGGGAGGACAAAGAAAAAGGAAGGGAUGACCGCAGAGAUAAGAGAGAAGAUGUCCGAGAAGAAAGGAAUACAAGAGAUAUCCAUGAGGAGAGGAAAUCUAAGAAGCGUCACAGAAAUGAAAGCAGCCCUAGUCCUCGUCCAUCACCCAAGCGCCGCCGUGAGCAUUCUCCUGAUAGCGAUGCCUACAACAGUGGAGAUGAUAAAAAUGAGAAGCACAGGCUGCUAAGUCAGGUUGUGCGACCACAAGAAUCCCGAUCUCUCAGCCCUACGCACCUUACAGAAGACAGGCAAAGUCGAAAGCCAGAGAGAAAGGAAAGUUCAAGACGUUAUGAAGAACCGGAGUUCAAAGAGAGGGUUUCUUCAGGAGAUAAACAGAGAGAGCAGAGAGAACAAACAGAAGUCACUGAAAGCUCACGGACCAGGGUUCAAGAGAGCUUAGGACAUCGCCCUUCUGAAGAACGAGAUGCAUCUGAUAGAAUACAUGAGGAGAAUAAGAAGAAAGCUAAAGUUCAGAAAAAGACCACAAAGAAGAAAAAAGAUGAUGACAUCGGGGUGGAACGGUACACUGAGUCAACUGUAGAAGAGGGCCAGGUCUUUUCACCCAAGAAAGUUCCAAAAAAGAAGAAUGUUGAGAAGAAACGUAAGAGGUCAAAGGGUGAUUCUGAGGUUUCUGAUGAAGAAAUUGUCCCACACCAUAAAAAGAAAAAAGGCCCAAGAACUCCCCCUGUAACAACAAAAGAGGAGUUGGUUGAAACAGUAGCUGAGAAAGCUGUGGCAGUAGAAGCUGCUCCGAAAAGAGAAGACACAACAUUUAGUGACUGGUCAGAUGAAGAUGUUCCAGAACGUGGUGAAAUCAUUGUUCCAGAAAGAAGCACUGAAGAAUCCCACAGAAAAAGCCAUAGACUGAGGGGAGAAAAGGUAGAAACCCCACAUGUUACUAUAGAAGAUGCACCUCAUCGCAAACCUGUGGAUCAGAAGCGCAGCAGCAGUCUUGGUAGCAAUCGAAGUCAUACUUCAAGCAGACUUCGAUCACCCUCCAAUGAGUCAGCUCAUCGCAGUGGAGAUGACCAGACAGGUCGGAAAAGGGUCCUGCACAGCAGCUCCAGGGACAGAGAGAAAAAAAGCUUAGAAAUCACCGGGGAACGGAAGUCUAGAAUUGAUCAGUUGAAACGAGGGGAACCCAGCCGCAGCACGUCUUCAGAUCGUCAAGAUUCAAGAAGCCACAGUUCAAGAAGAAGUUCUCCUGAAUCAGAUCGUCAGGUCCAUUCCAGAUCUGGGUCCUUUGAUAGCAGGGAGAGGCUUCAAGAACGAGAUAGACAUGAUCACGAUCGUGAACGAGACAGAGAAAGGAGGGAUGGAAGGCCGAGAGAAUGGGACCGGGAUGUAGAUAAAGACUGGCCACGGAAUCGUGACAGAAUCAGAGACCGAGAGCGAGAGAGGGAAAAAAGAAGAGACUUGGACAGGGAAAGAGAGAGACAACUUCCUGAUACUACUGAAAGAGACAGAGACAGGGACAGAACACUUGACAUUUCUUCUCAAACAGAGACAACAAAGCGCAAUGAACCAAAACUGGACAGGGAUCAUGAAAAGGAAUCUGAUGUGGUUUGCCGGGAUACUACAGCUUUGGAGAAGGAAAGGACAGAAAAGGACUUGGGAACUUCACAAGGAUUUGAAGAUGGAAAUGAAGCUGAGAAAGUGGAGAGCUUAGAAGGAGGAGAAGAUGAGGCCAAGAUAGAUGAUUUGCAGUCACUAGGGUCUGCUGCUGGAGAAUAUGAGCCAAUCAGUGAUGAUGAACUAGAUGAAAUUCUGGCAGGUGAUGCUGAAAAGAGGGAGGAUCAACAGGAGGAUGAGAAGAUGCCAGAUCCUGUUGAUGUAAUAGAUGUGGAUUGGUCCAGUCUUAUGCCAAAGCAGCCAAAAGAGCCACGGGAGCCUGGGGCGGCACUCUUAAAAUUCACACCAUGUGCUGUUAUGUUGAGAGUUGGCAUUUCCAAACGACUGGCGGGCCCUGAACUCUUCACCAAAAUUAAAGAAACCUGCCAGAGAGUUUUAGAAAAACCUAAAGAUGCAGAAAAUCUGUUUGAACAUGAACUUGGGGCCCUGAACAUGGCUGCAUUACUGCGAAAAGAAGAGAGAGCAGGUCUUCUUAGUAACCUUGGUCCUUGCUGUAAAGCCCUGUGCUUUAGAAGGGAUUCUGCAAUUCGCAAGCAGCUAGUGAAAAAUGAAAAGGGCACAACAAAACAGACUUACACGAAUUCCCCAGUAGUAGACAGUGACUUAUUAAGGUUGAGUCUACGGUUAUUUAAACGCAAGACUGUGUGCCAAGGUCCUGGGCAGGAAAAGACAGAAGAUAGUAAACUUCCACAACCAAAUAUCCAGCAGGAAGUAUGUGUGUCUUAAGCCAAUGUCCACUUUGGAACUCCAUCUAGUUUAUCUCCCAUCAGUAAUGUUGAUAUUUAUACCCUUUGAACUUUUUGAUUUGGUUGGAAAGCAGCUGUAAGACAUUGAAGAAAAGACUGUUUUUACAGGUAAUUCUAUUAUGUGUUUGGAGGGAAUAAUUAAUAGUAAAAAUACAAAGAUCUUUGUUUUCAGUUCAUUUCAACUUUAUAACAUUGAAUCUUACAAUGUAACAUAUACCUGUUUUAUGCAUCAAGUGUAAUAAUUUCAAGAUGUCCAUUUUUAGAAGUCUAUUACAUCACCUGAUAUUAAAGGAAGAAGAAAACUGUCUGUAUCUUUUUUUCUCCAUUCUGAAAUAAUUUUUCAUGGGACCAGUAAUUUAUAUAUUAUUACAGAUACUUAAAAACAAUGUGACCAUCAACAUGAAAUCAAAUCCAGCCUUUUUUAGGUAGCUCUGCAUAAAGGCAACACAUUUUUACCAUAAUGCUUUCCUAGUGUGUAGGCAUCCAGCUUUCAGUUAUGUACAGCAAAAUGCUAGUAGUGUAGCUUUUAGCGAAUGAUGUUAUUUUUUUAAAGAAAAUAUGCAGCUUUGUUGUAUGCACAUGUGUAGGUAUAUUUAUACCUGUAUAGGGUAUGCCUUUGUAUACGUUUUA